AUGGUGGAGUGUGAAGACUGGUUAGUUCUUUGCCCAGACCACAUUGGCUGUUUUAGGAACAUCCUCGGGAUCUUCGCUGAUGGGGAGCGCUCUGGAAGGAAGCCCCGGCAGGAGAAGUCCAGUGGCGACCUGACCAAAGGAAUCAGCUUCGUGCGGGGACAGACUUUGCAGCCCACAUCGGUGCCCGUGCCCCGGCAAUCAUGUCGAAGCAAGGCCUUUUGUAGAGCCCAAGUCCCCAAGCAGAUGGCCUUCAUUUCCUUUUUUCUUUCGCAAUUUCUUCGCGACCUCGUGGGGACUGAUUCUCUUUGCACACUAAGUGAGGCACCGCCGAAGGAGGAGAAGAACAAGGAGCAGGAUGAAGACUCAGAUGUGGAUAGUCGCUUUGUACUCGACGCCAGCCUUCUCAGUGCCAACUUCACGCCGGCCGUGGAGGGCCCUAAGCUGCCAGCGCGGAACAAGCUCUCCUUCCAUCAGAUGUCCAGCAACUAUGGUAAGGGCUUUGCCAUGUUGCAGAAGAUGGGUUUCACAGGUGGAGGCCUUGGACGGCACAACGACGGCAUUGCCAACCCCAUCGAGGUGCAGAAGCGGCAAACGAAGAUGGGAUUGCAAGACGAUGGAGAAAUGGACCUCUAUGGCAACGAAGGUGGCCGCCGCACCAUCGAGGAGUUGCUUGGAACCAUCAGCAAGCCCAAGCAGAGUGACGAGCCGAAGAUCAGUGAUGGAUGGAAGCGUGAUGGGAAAUCCAAACGCCCCAAAACCAUCUACAAGAAGGCAGAAGAGGCGUCGGGGGAGGUGCCGGCCAUGCGCAUCGUCGACAUGCGAGGCCCCGAGGUGAAGGUGGCCUCCUCCUUUGCGGAGUUGGCCGCCAACCUCGCGGGGGACAGCGUGAGAAGCUUGAAGGAGUUCCGGCACAACACUCGCCUGCUGGUGUCGCGCUACGAGGACAAGGUGAGGGCUGCUGCAGAGCGGAAGCGCCAUUGUGAGAACAUCAUUCUCGCUGCGGCCAAAGAACAAGAACGUCUUCAAGCAGCGGACAACAUCAGUGAAUCUGAUGUGAAAGGCUGUAAAGAGUUGGUCUUGGAGAUUGAGUCCUUGCGCGAGCAGCAAGAUGAAGCCAGCAUCACACUGAGCGAACUGGCGGACUCAUUCAAGCGCCUGGAACGCACGCGGCCCAAAGAAUUCCAUUUGCUCUCGGCCAUGGAUGUGGCCUUUGCUUUAGCUCUGCCGACUGCCAAAAGGGAGUUGUCUACGUGGCAACCCUUCAAAGCUCCAGAGGAAACACAUUGGAGGGAUUUGAAAAGAGAUGGUCUCAAAGCCAUUUCCAAGUGGCAACAGCUGGGAGAUAAGGAGCGCUUCAGCGCUCUGCUGGAUGCCUCGUUGAUUCCACAGCUUCGGAAGGCCUUGGUGGCCUGGUCUCCCCGCGACUUUGAGCCUUGCAUUGCUCUCAUGGAGACUUGCAAGAAGGCCCUCCAUCUGGACGUGGCAGAGGCGCUCAUCGCGGAGGUGGUCCUGCCACGGCUGCGCUCCGAGCUGGAAGUGUGGGACCCACGGAUUGACAAGGUCUCAGCACAUUUGUGGCUGCAUCCCUGGUUGCCCGUGCUGGGGCGGAAGAUGGAGAUGCUUUGGACGCCGAUCAGGUUCAAGAUCUCCGGCUGCCUGGAGCGGUGGGACUCCAACGAUCCAUCGGCCCAUGGGCUCCUGAAGCCUUGGCAGCAAGUCUUUGAUGCGUCGAACUGGGAGCCCCUCCUGGAGAAGGUCUUGUCCAGGCUAGAGAAGGCACUGCUUGAUACGCCCAUCAAGCCUGAUGGCCAGGACCUGAAAGCACUGAAGAGUCUCUUCACCUGGUUGGACUUGGCUCCUCUGGAGAACGUGGCACGUGUCCUUGAGACGGCCUUUUUCCCACAGUGGCACAGCGCGCUGAAGCAGUGGCUGAGGACCAAAGGAUGCAACUUCUCUGAAGUCUUGCAGUGGUACCAGGGCUGGAAGGCGCUGUUUCCCCCCCGAGCUGAGAGAACAGUUGGUGGUCCAGCGGCACUUGGCUCAUGGCCUUGAAGAACCUUGGCAUCAAAAGGUGUGUCCUCCACUUCAGUCAGGUCGGCAUUUACAGAGUUACGCAAGGAGAACCUUGAGAGCAAAAAACCACAUCCCUAGAAAAAGAAGAUAAAGAACAUCCUUUUGUUGACUCGAUAGUUUCUCUAAGAAGCAUGGUUGCUUUAUACUUGGACCAAUUCCAUUGAAAGUCAUGUUCC